UCAAUUUGUCUUUUGUGUGAGAUUAUGCCUUAUCCACACAACUUUGAUCUUUUCCAAAAGCUACGGUUUUUCCGUCCAAGGAUGCGAACGAGGCGCGACUUGCUGGCGUUCGAUCAGAGCGGAACACGACCCUCGUUCGGGUGAGGGAUUCUGGGAAGCUUUGUUCCCGAAAGGUAAUUGGGGUGAAGCUGACUUUGUGGCAGUGUAUGAGCUGGAACGUGAAGAAAGCGGAGGUGAAUGAAUUCGAGGCACUCUGAUUGAGUAGCUAAGAAGGAAACGCAGUAAAUAUAGCAGAGAGAGGAGGAAGAAGAAAUCCAACAGUGUUUAGCUCCAGAUCUCGGCUAGUACUUGCUCUCUCGUGAUUAGCUUUAGUUUGUCUCCUUCAUAUCCAGAGAAAUAUUUUUUUAAUAGUUUAAAUUUAUUUAUUUAGUUUUAUCAGGACGGAAGCCAACUCCCACCACCACCAUGUCUGGAUCACAAAUUCACCAUCGCAAUUUUUAAGAAGAAUCUGAGGCUGAAUGAUUCUGAACAUGGAGACAUAUAACGAAAACUCAUGCUACCACCAAACCAGUUUCUUAGACGAAAAAGGGAGGCUUAGGACUGUGAAGGUCCCUGUGGUUCAAGAACUAGCUCGCCAAGGACUCAAACACUUGCCUGAUAGGUUCAAGAGGCCAGACUCAACCGCAUUUGCCCACCAUGUGUUCGAGGAAAUUCCCUCAGUAAACUUAGCCACGUUGAAGGAAGGGUCCGAGUCCAUGGUUCGAGCAGAGGAGCUAGCCAAGUUAGCCGAUGCUGCGAGGGGUUUAGGAGUGUUUUUGAUUGUGGAUCAUGGGGUUCCCUUGGAAGUCGUGGAUGGUGCUAGGGAUGUUGUGAAGAGCUUCUUUAAGUUGCCUUUUCCGGAGAAGAAAGCUUGUGUAGGAACUUACAGUGAGAUAGAUAAUAUGGGAUAUGGCAGAAACUUUGUCAAGUCAGAAGAUCAGGCAUUAGAUUGGAUCGAUCGAUUGACUUUUCGAGUAGCUCCUCCUCUUGAGGAUGAUGAGGGACUGCGCGUUUGGCCCCUUAAACCAACCAAUUUCAGGGAAGCAAUGGAAAGAUAUGCCAGAGAAGCAAGAGGUGUAAUGGACUUCUUGCUUGUGGCUUUGGCAGAGGCUUUGUCUAUUGAAAGCCAUGAUGUUUUCCUCAAGUACUUUCAUCCUACAGAUAGUGAGAUCAAAGCCAGAGUGAACUACUAUCCACCAUGCCCAAGUCCAGAACUGGCCAUGGGUCUUAACCAGCACUCCGACGCUAGUGCCCUCACAAUCCUAGCUCAAUUUGGGUCCAGCCAAGGCCUUCAAGUGCUUAAUAAGGACCAGACAUGGAUCACUAUCUCAUGGCCACAAGACCAGUUGCUAGUGGUCGUUGGAGACUUGCUUGAGAUCAUGAGCAAUGGGCUUGUCCAUAGCACUUGGCAUAGGGCUAUUACCAAUAGGAGUGCAGAACGAGGGUCCAUUGCUUUGUUCUAUAGUCCACCACCAAGAACCCUAAUUGAGCCUGUGGCUGCAGAGGAAGAAACCUACGGGGAGGUGGUUGUGGAGGACUAUUUGAGGCAUUAUUAUAAGGUUGUUCCAACCAUGGAAAAAAUUGCUAUCAACUUUGCCAAGGUAAAUUAAUGCUUUGAAAUGAAUUUGGUGUGUGCGACAUUCUUAUUGUAAAGGGUGAUGUCUAGAAUCUAGUCAGAGGUAGAACCAUUAAAAUUUAAAUGAACUCUAAUAUACCACAAGGACACUUCAUUCCCUGACGAA